UUUAGCCCUUCUUCAUUGUUAUUACCUCGUGAGGAGUGAUACUGUGUUCAUUUUUUGACAAUUUUAACAAGGGGAAAAAUGCAGGAAGACGAGGAAAAUUAUGUUUUCGAUGACGAAGAGGUCCAUCCGAAAAAUCACGACGUUCUCCUCCAGGCGGUGUCUCAAUUAUACAGGAAGAAAAAAAUCGAGGCUCCGACGAGGAGUGAGCCUGCUACAAAGGUGUCCGAGUUCCACCUGUCUUCUGGUCAGCAGACUGAUGACGUUAUCAAGGUGCACGACCUCAUCAGAGUGCUCGACAAAAAAGCGACUCACAAAGAAAUCGGGAAGAACGUCCGACUAGUCCAGAAGAAGAGUAAAACUUUGAAGAAACCGCUUGAGAAGAUAUAUGCUGACAGGAUUGCCCGAAAACUUGGAUAUGAAUCUGUGAGAAAACAGCUCAGCAAAUGGGAUGCAAUUGUGCAUCGAAAUCGUUCAGCUAACCAACUGGUUUUCCCGCUGAAAGACCAGCAUGUUGAUAUAGUUAAAGAGGAUGAUUACAAAACACCGUUCAAGGAGCCAACAGAAUUGGAACAGGAAAUGCAAAAGAUUUUGGGCACAAGUGAAGUCGCUAAAGAAGAACUGGAAAAAGAAAAAGAAAUGAUGGAUCUUAAUCUUUCACUAGAAGAAAUGAUCAAAAGGAGACAGAUGAUCGCCAAAAUGAGAGCUAGAGAAUCUUACAGAAUAGCCAAAGCUGUUAGACAAAAUAAGAUCAAAAGUAAAAAAUACCAUCGAAUAUUGAAGAGAGAAAAAAUGAAAAAGGAGCUCAAAGAAUUUGAACUUCUUCAGAAGACUAAUCCUGAGGCAGCUUUAGAAAAGCUAGAAAGAAUUGAAAGGGCUCGGGCGGAAGAAAGAAUGUCUCUACGUCACCGUAACACAGGAAAAUGGGCUCGUAGUAGAGCAAUCAGGGCGAAAUACGAUACUGAAGCUAGGGCUCAAUUGGCAGAACAACUGGCAAAAAGUAGAGAUCUGACAAAAAAACUGAACCAGGACACAGAUUCUGAUAAUGAGGAGGACGACACGGGGCCUGCUGAUAAUAUAUCAUCAGCAGAAAAAAACAAUCCUUGGGUUAAAAAGUCUGCAUCAGAAAUCAAUGAUUUCAUAAGUGGCUAUAGGAAAUACUGGGAUGAAGUUGAAAAGGAAAAACAAGAAAAAACGAAUAAUGUAAGUGUACAAAGAAAUCGAUCACUAGAAGCUGAUGAGGUUGAAUCUAAUACAUCCAAUGUUAUGGUCAGUGAAAAUAACUCAAAAAAUGAAGAAACGGACCUAGAAAUCCCACCACAGAAUGAAAAUCAAGGUGACAAAUCAAAAAGUGAGUCUGAAUUAAUAAGAGGUCCAGAAAAUUUUAAAGGUGAUGUUGAAGAAUGGUCAGACGUUGAAAACAAUGUGGAAGUGAGGCAGUCAGAAGAUAAAUUAGAAAACAAUUUAAAUAGUGCAAAUCAUGCAGCGGACAAUUCAUAUGUAAAUAAUGAAAAAGAUAAUUCAAAAGAUAAUUUAGAAAAUUUAAAUGAAGAAGACAAACAUCUGGAUGAAAACAGUGAAGUUACAAGUUGUGGAGAUAAACUAAAUAAAGAACUUGAACAAUCACUUACAAUCAAUAAAAAUGUAGGGAAAUUGGAAAAUCAUGAAGAUAAGCACGAAGAAAAAAACAAGAAGCAAACAGAAGAUGUUAAUAAAAAUGAUACUGAAUUGCUUGGAUCGGAGGAUGACCAUAUGAUUGAUAAUAAAAGAAAAGAGAUGAAGUUAUCUGGCAGGUUGAAACAAAAAACUUCACCAAAAAGACUGAAUAAGAAACAGAACAAACAGUUUGAUAACGGGAAAGUAAAUAAAUCAGAAAAUGAAUUAAAAUAUGAAAUCAAAUCUUUUGAUGUAGAAAACAAUCCGAAGCCUUUAUCUGUUAACGUUCAACAAGAAAGAAAUCAAAACUUCAUAAAGAAAGACAUGAAUGUAGAAAACAAGUCUGAAUGCGAAACUGUGGAAAAAAUUGCAAGUACCGAUAUUUGUGUUGAACAGGAAUAUUCAACGUUUAUAGACUCGGGAAUCGAUAAGAAAACUUUGAGAAAAACAAAUAAAUCAAAAAAAGUUAAAAACGUUUUGAACUCAAGUGGCUCUUGGUCAGUGUUACAAGCAGAGAAAGUCAUGAAAAAGUCUGUCAAAGCCCCUGAACAAAGAGCCAAAGCGGUAAAAAGGCCGAGUAGUUGGUCGAUAGAAGAAAUUUUUCAAGGUGUAGAAGACAAAGUUAAAAAUAACGCUUUAAAAAAAUUUAAAGAUAUACAAGACGAUAUGAAACUUGAUAUCGUUAAAGAAGUCAAAAUAUCGAUGAAAAAGAGGGACAAAUCUUCUGAUCUUUCAAUGAAGAAGAAACCGAAAGUUUCAAUCGAUGAGAAAUUAUUAGAGGUGUGCGAAGAAGGUGUGAGUACCGGGGAAAACGACAUAAGGGGCCUUUUAGACCGGAUUUCCUCAAAUGAAAAAGACACUACGCAGAAUCUUCCUGAAAUCGAUCCUGACAAGUUUUUACCGGUAAAACAGAAGAAAUUGAUGACACAUGCACCUGAGCUUGAAGAGGAAGGGGACGAUGCAUCAGGCGAUGAAGAUGAAAAGCAAAAACACUUAAAUCUCAUAGAAGCUUUCGGAGACGAUGAUGUCGUCGAUCAAUUCAGGAAAGAAAAAGAAGAUGAAAUUAAUGCAGAUAAACCGAAAGAUGUCGAUCUCACUCUACCUGGCUGGGGGCAUUGGGCGGGUUGUAGCAUGCCUCCUGUUAAAAAGAGGAAAACAUCAAGGAGGUUUGUCGUCAAAUUUCCCGAAGUAAAACGGAAAGACGCAACCCGUCAGCAUGUUAUUAUUAACGAAAAUGUUGACGUGAGAUUAAAAGAUCAUAUGGUAAAUGAACUUCCGUAUCCGUUCAAAAGUGUAAAAGAAUACGAAGCUUCAAUUAGAGCACCAAUAGGCAACAACUGGAUUCCAGAAGUUGCCCAUAAAAGGCUAACUGCACCUCCUGUCCUGACAAAAAUGGGUUCAAUCAUCGAGCCAAUGGAUCCGGAACAGUUGGUCAAAAAUAUCCAAAACGAAACUAAAAUUAGCAUUAAAACAUAAAACCUUAAUUAUGUUUAUUUGUAAAUAAAAUUGAUAAAUUUUA